UGCAAAUAAAAUUAAAUAGAAUUUAAGUCGGCAGAUCAAGACGGCUACAAUAAUUUAUGACCAUAACCUACCACACUUUAUAAUGGCCAUAAAAGCUUCAGAGUCCAUACUCUAUAAAUACAUUACCGUGUCUUAAAAGAUAAACCACAUUGUCUUGUCUUGUCUUGCAAAUUACAAAACGAAAGGUUACUAGAGAUUUUAGUUAACAAGACAUCACAACACAAAUCAUAUCCAAGCAUCUUCAUAUCAUCAUGAUAACAGUAGCUAUCGCCGCCGAGUUGCUUGAAGAAUACACGUUGGCGCUCGCUCGCAUCACUGCAACACUCCUCCCUCAACCACCGACAAGUCGCCAUCGAAGCGUCCGAGCUCCCACUAGCGGCGGCCGAGCCGAUUCUCCCUUGCCUCGUAGCGACAUCUCAUCGUCUUGCGCUCCAAACUACGCCGCUUUUCUCUUAAAUUUCUGAGUUCUUUUGGUUGUAGAUUUUCGGAUGUUCUUCUUCUUUGCUGUUAUUUCGAAUCAUGUAUGCUUAUGUUAUGAAAUUUGAACUUUCUAUUUAUUUUA